AUGUACAGGGCUGUGCUGGUGUACCUGAGCGUGUGUGCCGUAGCCUCGGUUCUGGGUGGGAAGCCGCAGAUGAGGAGGGAACCGAAGGCUAGGGGCACCGGCGACCCGGCAGCGAUGGCGGCGGACGCUCCUGCCCCCAGCGGAACUCCCCCCGCAGGGAGCGCAGACCGUUGCCUGGUGAAGGGGAUCUAUCUGUUUGAGGGAGCGGAGUGGUCUCCUGAACCGUGCUAUGUGUGCCACUCUCCACAGGCCCCCCAGUCCUCAGCCCACAGGAAGAGGGUCCAGGGUCAGCUCCGAAAACCUGUGCUGAAGGUGGGGGGCAAGACUGGGGGGAGGAAUGGCAAAAGGGACGAUGGCAGUACUAGACUGCAGCUAGCAGCUGUGCCUCCUGUCACAAGGACUGUGGCAGAGGUCAAGUAUAAGAAGCAAGAGUUGGGAUCUGUUUCAGUAAAGAAGGUGCCGAAGGCGGUGCCAGCCCUCUGGAGGUCACAGGAAGCUGAGGGGAAGGUGCUGAAGGCCAAGCCCUCCACCAGAGUCAGUGUUAGCACCAUGGCAAUGAAGAAAGGUCUUAAAGAAAAGAAAAGGCUCAAGGCCAAAGAUGAGGACGACGAUGAGGAGGAUGAUGACGAUGAGGAUGAUGAUGAAGAAGAAGAGGAGGAGGAGGAGGAGGCGGAGGCGGAGAAUGGGAAGGAAGAGGAGGAGAAGGAGAGCCAGACCACCCCACCGCCCGCACGCUUUCCCGGAGCAUCACCCCUAAACAGGACCAGCUUCAUGGAGUCCCUCCCGGCUGGGUGCAUCCUGGCGGAGUCUCUGAUCGCCUGCGGCAGUGUGGGCAUGGCCCACCUUCCCAUCAUCACUGACCUCGGGGUCAAAACCCUCUACCUGGCAGAUAAUAGAAUUGGUAAACUGCCAUUCCGGGGCCUCUCUGGACUUCCCAAUCUGGAAUGGCUGGAUCUGAGUAAGAACAAGCUGGAAGAUUCCUCCCUGAGCUCCUCCAUCUUCCGGAAUCUAACGAGGCUGAGGAGGCUGAACCUGGAUGGAAACGGUCUAACCAAGAUCCCACCACUGCCACCAUCUCUAGAGGAGCUCAAGAUUAAUGACAACAAGAUAAAGAGCCUCACUCCUCACAGUUUCAGAGGUCUGUCCAAGCUGCUGACUCUGGAGCUGGAGGGUAACGGUUUCCAUGACGGGAACGUCUCCCCCCUGGCCUUCAGGCCCCUCCGGGCUGUUAUCUACCUUCGGCUGGACAGGAACAAGUUUCGGGGUCUGCCGUCCGGGCUGCCCCCAUCGCUUCAGGAACUGCACCUGUCGGAGAAUCGGGUGGAGGAGGUGCGCGAGGGGAUCCUCAACAAGUCUCUCCAGCUGAAGGUCCUGGAUCUGAGCCACAACCGGAUUCGCGAGGACCGCAUCGCUCCUCGAGCCUGGAUCCACCUGCCUAAGUUGGAGGCCCUGGAUCUGUCCCAUAACAAGCUGGUCCAUGUGCCAUCCUUCCUCCCGUUCGCCCUGCGACAGAUCUUGCUGCACCACAACCAGAUCGAGCGCAUCCCCGGGUACGUCUUCGGCCACCUGCGGCCGGGCCUGGAGUCCCUGCACCUGUCCCACAACCGGCUGGUGGCCGACGGCAUCCACGGGGUGUCGUUCCUGGGCCUCUACCGCACACUGACCGAGCUGCUCUUGGACAACAACCUUCUGCGGUCCAUCCCUAGAGGCCUCCUGCUGCUCAGGAACCUGCAGCUCCUCAGACUCAACUAUAACUUCAUCAGGUACAUCCCACUGGAUGCCCUCUGUGACACGCGAGUCAGCCAAGACUCCCCGCUGGUCUCAGUGCACCUGGAGAACAACCUCAUCGACCGCCGCCUUAUACCGCCAACUGCCUUCUCCUGCAUCAAAUCCUACCACAGCGUCCUGCUGAGGCCGCAGAGAGACGAGGAGGACGAGUAGGAGCUGCUCACCACGGUCCCCACCUCCUCUUCACCCUCUCCUCCUUCACCCAGCACAGCUGCUCUGUCCCCAAUCUCACUCCCUGCGGACAGGCGACCACACCACAAUAAAACACCGAACCAACAAAUUCAGCUAAUCGUGAACUAGGUUUCCAUUAGCCUACGUUUAUACACCUUCACAAUGUUGAUUCACAAUGUAGCCAACAUAUUACGGUCUAAUUAGGUAGUUCUGGAAAAUUUGAAGUUGCUUGUCUUAAUGUGUACUACAGAAAAUGGCUGCAUUAAAAAAUUGACUACACGAAUGUGUGUAUGAUUAAUUCAUUUGUCGAUUACCACAAAGUAAGAGACUUGUGCAACAUACCGUGUUUCCGGACAUAAAAACUGCACAGGGGAAACCAUUGCUUUAGCUUUCCCAGGAAAAUUUGCUGCAUUAUUCUAUUGGAAAAGCAGAUUUAUUGUUCACUGAAAUACUAAUUCAGGGAAUUCCAUGGAAGAGCUGAUGCAUUAUGGUGGUCCUCCUGGACUGGAGUUAAAUUGCCCAGGAUUAUGUAAUCUCCCAUCUCAUCGCAUCUCAUCUCCUUUCUCAUGCCUAUUUAUUCUCCUGUGACUUCCUCAACAACCCAAACCUCUUUUCACCACAAAGGUCUGUGGUAAUAUAUGAGGAGUGAUUAAUCUCUCAGCACGCUGAGGUACAGCUCUGAUUUAUUACAGAAGAACGGACGUGUUUAAUGAAUCCCACUCUAUGCCAAGCCCCUGUUCUCUGCCUCUUCUCUCACACUCUGCUCCUUCUCACUACGCUGGCUUUCAAACCACCACCCUCGCAUCAUUUGUUUUGCCAUUUAUGUUUUCCUGCUAUGAUUCUUAUUCAUACUAACAGCAUUCUACAAACAGACGCAUUACUAUCAGUCUGAGUAGUACAAUAUGUUUCCAGUGUUGAACACAUCCAUUAUUCAGUCAUUGGGAAAACUGGGAGUGACAGUUGUAGAUGGUAUCAUGACAACAAUGAAGCUCCCUUUGUAGAAUUUUUUUUAUUUUUUUUUUAUGAUUGUGUCAACUGUCAAUGCUAAGAAUCUAAUUUUGCGUAAAACUGUAUGUGUGUGCACGUGUGAAAAUAUGGCAUUUGUUUUACGAGUGUUACACAUAGCUACCAAUAUUGUGACAAAGUGUGUAUUCGUGUGGGUGGCAACUUACAUUAAAGGAUAAAAUGCUGAA